GGGAGGGAGUUUCAGAAUGUCUCCAUCACACGCAGAACGCAAUCGAGUCCUCGCGCUUGUAUUUAUAACACAGUCCACACGCGCCCACGGCUGCGGAAACCACCAACAGGCAGAAGCUCUCGCACCACUCUUAUUGCAUAUAGGCUACAACCCUACAGCCUACGCCGAAUUCUCAGCACAGCCUAGAUGUCGGCAUUAGCACACUGCCACGCCAUCUAAAUGUAACAUACAUGUGCAUUUUUUAUUAUUAUUAUAGUUAUCCAAAAGUGGAUCCAGAUGUGGCUCUAAAGAUUGUGCGGUUUGCUCCUCUACCCGGCCAGACGGGACCACGCGAACACCGGGGCUGCUCUCGAAGAAGAACAGCACGUCGCCCGCCUUUUUUUAAUACCUGGGAACGCGAUGAAGAAUACUUAUCCAACUGAAUGCCGCGUUUAGUUUUCCACUUAAACAAAUAUGUGUACAGUGCAAGCAAGAUUGAAGUACUGCGAAAACACGCUUUUGGAAAAAUGGGAAAAGAAUGUACAGAAUCCGGUCGAAACGUCCCUGCAUUUCAGCUUUGAAGAACGGAGCGAAACACGUGUUUUGGGAAAGAGCAGCGAACACAGGCGCGCGGUGAAUGAAAAAGCAGUCACGCGUCCGGAAUUCCAUCCCUUGUUUACGAAAAAUGCCCUUUGCGGUAAACUUUCCAUAAACAUUUUAUGUCCUUGAAGCGGAGUGCCUGCUCCAGUGCGUACCUGUACACGGUCUGUUUGACUGCCUGCCCUCCAGCAGUGCGAUGCUGGAAUGGUUCUUUGCCGUUUGCAUCUUGAUAGCGGCGGCUUUGUUUUGGCCGGCGUCCCUGUACUUUGCCUCCGGAGGCCCGUUGCCCGCGCCGCCCGGAGCGCCGGGGAGGCGGAUUUUGGGGUGCCGGACGGGGGGGCGACGGGGGGACAGGUGCGGCCCCGACCUCGUCCCCGCGGCGACGGGCGAAGCGGAGGGCGUGGCGCUGGUGUGCAAGCCGUCGGCGCUGGCCCGCUACCUGCAGAGGCACUGCGCGGCGUUCCGCAGCUUCGCGGCGGCCCCGCGCUGGAGCUGGCGGGCCAGCGCCUUCCUGCAGACCGUCGCCGCCGCCUGCUGGCCAGCGGAGGGCGCCGUGCGCUUCGCGCGCGACCACCUGCAGGUGGCCGACGGCGGCCUGGUGGCGCUGGACUGGGCCGUGGCGGGCGGCGAGGGGCACAAGCGCCGGAGGACGGCCAGCGACUCGGCCAGCCCCGUGCUGCUGGUCAUCCCCAACUCCUUCGGCAAAAUCACCUGGAAUGUCCUGAAGCUGUGCGACCUGGGCCUGAGCCACGGCUACGCCCCGGUGGUGUUUAACCGGCGGGGCCAGAACGGGGCGGCGCUGGCCACGCCCCGGCUGCAGCGCUUCGGCGACCCGGCGGACCUGCGGGAGGCCGUGCGCUACCUGCGGUACCGCCGGCCCGGGGCGCGCCUCUACGCCGCCAGCGAGAGCACCGGGGCGGGGCUGCUCCUGUCCUACCUGGGCGAGUGCGGCUCCUCCAGCUACCUGACCGCCGCCGCCUGCCUCUCCCCCGUCCUGCGCUGCCAGGCCUGGUACGAGAGCGCCCCCUGCUGGCCCUACGGCUGGGCCCUGCUGCUCUACCAGAAGAUCUGCCUCAGCAGGUACAAGACUGCUCUGGGGGAGACCAUUCGCACGGACGCUGUGUUCUCCUGCAGUUCUCUGAAGAGCCUGGAAGAGGCGCUGUUCUGCCAGCCGGAGCCCGAGCCCAGGGGGGCGUCGGGCAGGGAGGGGGGCGGGGUGGAGGGCGGGCUCAGCUGGGAGGAGUACUGGGAGAGCAACGAGCCGCUGAGGGACGUGGACGAGGUGGCGGUGCCGGUUCUGUGCGUGUGCAGCCGGGACGACCCGGUGCGGGGCGAUCCCAGCACCACGCUUCCCUUCGACCUUUUCCACAGCAACCCCCACCUCUUCCUCCUGCUGACGGAGCAGGGCGGGCACUGCGGCUUCGCCCAGCCCGGGGGCGGGGCCGGGGGCGGGGUCAUGGGCACGGCCCCCUGGAGCCACCGCGCCCUGCUGGAGUUCUUCCGCGGCGUCACGGACUUCUUCGCGGCCGAGGAGCGGGCCCAGGCCGCCUCCCACCGCCGGGGCCUGAGGGGCGGAGCUGGCGCCGGCCCCGUCGCCGUGGGCAACAGCAGGGGGUUCCGCCACUGCAGCAUCAGCGCCUGCAAGCGGCUGCCCGCCUGUUCCCACUCCAUCCACUCCAUCUACAGCUGGCAGCGGUCCUACACCCGCUAGAGAGACCAGGUGACCCACCGAUCAGGUGAUCCACUCACCCGGUGACCCGCUGAUCAGGUGAUCCACUCACCCGGUGACCCACUGAUCAGGUGAUCCACUCACCCGGUGACCCGCUGAUCAGGUGAUCCACUCACCAGGCGACCCAGUGAUCAGGUGAUCCACUCACCAGGUGACCCACUGAUCAGGUGAUCCACUCACCCGGUGACCCGCUGAUCAGGUGAUCCACUCACCCGGUGACCCGCUGAUCAGGUGAUCCACUCACCAGGUGACCCACUGAGCAGGUGAUCCACUCACCAGGUGACCCGCUGAGCAGGUGAUCCAUUCAACAGGUGACCAGGUCACCCUGCUGCAGCUCUAAGAGGGUCUGAGCCAGCCUGUGCAGGCUAACUGCAGGUGAACAGGUGACCUGCUCCAGGUUGUGCAGGCUAACUGCAGGUGAACAGGUGACCUGCUCCAGGUUGUGCAGGCUAACUGCAGGUGAACAGGUGACCUGCUCCAGGUUGUGCAGGCUAACUGCAGGUGAACAGGUGACCUGCUCCAGGCUGUGCAGGCUAACUGCAGGUGAACAGGUGACCUGCUCCGGGGUGUGCAGGCUAACUGCAGGUGAACAGGUGACCUGCUCUGGGUUGUGCAGGCUAACUGCAGGUGAACAGGUGACCUGCUGUGGGUUGUGUAGGCUAACUGCAGGUGAACAGGUGACCUGCUCCAGGUUGUGUAGGCUAACUGCAGGUGAACAGGUGACCUGCUCCGGGUUGUGCAGGCUAACUGCAGGUGAACAGGUGACCUGCUCCGGGUUGUGCAGGCUAACUGCAGGUGAACAGGUGACCUGCUCCAGGUUGUGCAGGCUAACUGCAGGUGAACAGGUGACCUGCUCCAGGCUGUGCAGGCUAACUGCAGGUGAACAGGUGACCCUACUGCAGAUUUGGCUUCAGUAAGGUGUGGUCCUUGAGCACACUCAUCAUAGAUAUUUUUGGGUUUUUCUUUCUUUCUGUUUAUUCUGGUUUAAUUUUCUAGACAGCUAUAUGCACCAGCGCUGGUUCAACCCUGUAGUGACCCACAGUUAAACGUUCUCAGCAGGGAUACAUGGGCUAGCUGCAGAUGGAGGUUAUGAUUAUUCAUGAAAAAUGCCAGAACUGAUAAAUUAUUUCGGGCUGAUUAAACAAUCAAGACCAGAAGCCAAAAUAAAAUCCCAAAAUGGAGGGGUGCUCCAUGUGCACCCCUGGCCACAGACUGCACUGGCUCAUCCCCGUCCCCGUCCCGAAAUGUCCAGGAUCAGGGAAGAUCCGGUGCUGAGAUCACACAUAAUCCAGGUAAAAUCCGUGGGAACAAAACUUAUUAAAAAAAACUUUUCAUGGAUGGAUGGAGUUGUGUUCAGAUGGCUCACCAGUUGACAAAAGAGAAAUCACGGGGUUUCUAACGUGACUGUGGAAUCUGUGGACUGUGUACGGCGGAUUUAUUUAAAGAAUCUAUGUUCGUUUUCACAUUUCUGAAUCUGUCUACAGUCCUUACGCCAUUAUUAAUUAAAUAAAAAAUAAGUUGGACCU